AUGAAGGAAGCUGAAGAACAGGCAACAAAUACCAUUGUUUAUACACCACAAGAAAAUCAAUUAGAUGGUGGAAGAGGUUCCUCAAGGUUUCUCCAGUACAAGUGGUGGAUACAGAUAGUAGUGUUCACCAUGUUUGUACUCUCCGGUCAAUCAGCCGCAACAAUGUUGGGAAGACUUUACUUCAUCAAUGGUGGAAAUAGUAAAUGGAUGGCAACACUUGUUCAAACUGUUGGAUUUCCACUUAUGUUACCUUUUAUCUUCCUAUUUUCACCUUCAAAAACACCACUAGAGCAUCACCACCAAGUCACCGGAAAAUCAUCUUGGACCACCCUUGUGAUUUUGUAUACAACUCUUGGUAUAUUCUUGGCUGGAAAUUGUAUGUUGUAUUCUUUUGGACUAAAUUUUUUGCCAGUUUCCACGUAUUCAUUGAUCUGUACGAGUCAACUCGCUUUCAAUGCCUUGUUUUCAUACUUCCUUAAUGGACAAAAGUUCACUCCGUUCAUAGCUAAUUCGCUUGUUCUUCUUAGUUUUUCGUCUAUGCUACUUGUGUUUCAGAGUGAUUCUAAAGAGACCGGGAAAAUAUCAAGAAGCAAGUAUAUCAUUGGUUUUGUAUGCACGAUCGCUGCCUCUGCAGGGUGGGGUUUGAUGCUUUCAAUAACACAACUCGCACUUCAAAAGAUAUUGAAAUCUACAAGCUACAAGGUGGUAUUUGAUAUAACCGUGUAUCAAAGCUUGAUAGCAACUGUUGUAAUUCUCAUGGGACUAUUUGCUAGUGGUGAAUGGAAGGAUAUAAAGGAGGAAAUGUGGGAUUUUGAGUCUGGAAAGGCUUCGUAUAUAAUAAAUCUUGUAGGAACAGCUGUUUCAUGGCAAGUUUUCACGUCGUGUUUUUUGAUGAAAAGAUGA